AUGGAUGAGAUUGGCAUUGAAAUUCAGAAGCAGGAGCCGACGUUCGAGCAUGUUGUAACGGAGAAGGCAGCCCUCUUCCAGGAGUUGCAGGAGGAGGACUUGUAUGUCAAAUACAAGAAGCUCGCGCGGCACCUUGAGAUGCUUGAAAUUCAAGAGAGCUACAUCAAGGACGAGCAGGCCAACCUUAAGCGGGAGCUCAUCCGCGCGCAGGAGGAAGUAAAGCGUAUCCAAUCCGUCCCACUUGUCAUCGGCCAGUUUCUGGAGCCCAUAGACCAAACAACUGGUAUCGUCGGCUCGACCACUGGCUCUAACUAUGUCGUCCGCAUCCUCUCCACUCUAGACCGCGAACUGUUGAAGCCUUCCUCGUCUGUCGCGCUGCACCGGCAUUCCAACGCGCUCGUGGACAUCCUACCCCCAGAAGCAGACUCCUCCAUCUCACUCAUGGGCGAGAAGGAACGACCGGACGUGACAUAUCAGGAUAUUGGUGGUAUGGACAUACAGAAGCAGGAGAUCCGCGAGGCGGUCGAGCUGCCCUUGACGCACUUCGAUCUGUACAAGAAGAUUGGUAUCGACCCACCAAGAGGUGUUCUACUUUACGGGCCGCCAGGUACGGGAAAGACGAUGCUGGUGAAGGCGGUCGCGCACCAUUCUACCGCGGCAUUUAUCCGUGUUGUGGGAAGUGAAUUCGUCCAGAAAUACCUCGGCGAAGGUCCCCGUAUGGUCCGCGACGUCUUCCGGCUAGCUCGAGAAAAUGCGCCGGCCAUCAUCUUCAUCGACGAGAUUGAUGCCAUUGCCACCAAGCGUUUCGACGCACAAACUGGUGCCGACCGUGAAGUGCAGCGGAUUCUACUCGAGUUGCUCAACCAAAUGGAUGGGUUCGACCAGGGGAGUAACGUGAAGGUCAUCAUGGCUACGAACCGUGCCGACACGCUGGACCCUGCACUGCUCCGUCCUGGACGUCUUGACCGGAAGAUCGAGUUCCCACUACCUUCGAGACGUGAGAAGCGCCUCAUUUUCCAGACGAUCACAAGCACAAUGAACCUUGGCCCUGACGUGGAUCUGGAGGAUUUCGUCUCACGACCAGAGCGAUUAUCAUCAGCAGAGAUUGCGUCCAUCGUACAAGCUGCCGGUUUGCUUGCGGUGCGUAAGAAUCGCUAUAUUGUGCUCCCCGUGGACUUCGAGGAGGCGUGGAAACAAAACGUCAAGCGUGCAGAUGAGACGUUGGAUUUCUGUAAGUUCAUCUUUAUGCGUGCUUCAAAUGCCAUGCUCACUGCUCAUAUCACAUCAAGACCGGUGAUGGAGAGUUGUGUAUCGUUAGUCCCUCUGAUGUCUGUAUUCUCUGGACAAUCUGUUAUCCUGCGCAUUCUUCAUCUCGUCGACGGCCCCCGUCUAUGUCUUGGCACGUUCCAAUCGCACCUUCAUCGGCAGCUCUCUCACUUUAGCGUCUCACCGUUGUAUCCCACGGAGUGGCGCUCAUUCUUCUGA